AGAGGGACCACUUAAGCGAACGGACCAAAUAAUAAAAGCAAUAUUCUAUAGCGAAAUGAAAGCAAUAGCAGACCGCUUUUCAUGCAUUAUAUUUCAUUUUCCUAAAUGCCUUAUCCAUUAAUAUAUUUUCAUAAUAAAACGACUUCAUCUUCGUAGGUGUAAGCCAUGUUGUUAACCGCACGCCUGGCCAAAGCCCUCCAACUCACCCUGGCGGUCGUCAAACCGGACGGCGUGGCGCACCCCCUGGUGUUGGAGGCGCUUCAUCAGAAGAUCCUGGACAACAGCUUUGUUAUUGUCAAAUGCAAAGACCUUGCCUGGAAGAAACAGGACUCUGAGAAGUUUUACGUUGAACAUGCAGGAAGAUUCUUCUAUCAAAGACUUGUUGAAUUCAUGUCAAGUGGGCCGAUGCGGGCGUACGUUCUGGCCAGGGAGGACGCCGUGAGUCACUGGAGAGAGCUGAUGGGGCCCACGAAAGUGUUCAGGGCCAUAUACACCUCCCCAGCCUCCUUAAGGGGCCAGUUCGGACUCACUGACACCAGGAACACCACCCAUGGCUCAGAUUCAAUGGAGUCGGCGCGGCGGGAGAUCGGCUUCUUCUUCCCAGAGUUCUCCAUGGAGGCGUGGAUGCAGAAGGAGGAGCCGGCGUUCCGAGCCGGAAGGAUGGCGUACGAUGAGCAGCGACAGAUCCACACGCUUCCCACGCAGAGCUGAACCUCGGAAGCAAAUCACGCGGUUCUGUUAAGAACUCCCCGUUGCCAAAUGUACAGACCGACCCUGACUUUUGAAGCCGUGUCCUCUGACUAGCUGCACGUCAAAUCCCUCAUUCUGUUGGCGCUGAAGAAGUGAUGCUGUGGCGAUCUACUAUUACAAUGUAACCCUUUCCUUAUUACUGAGAAUAGUAGGAUUAGAUCAUUAAGGCAGUAGCAUGAAUGACACUGUCAACAUCCAAGAGAAGAGAUCGAAUGUGUGUUUUCAACGUCUCUCCAUCGUUCCAGUUCUGUGUAGUGAAUUCAGGACCGUUUAUAUCUUUGAACCUUGAAUCUAUAUGGAUGUUACUUGUUCAUUGUGAGAGGAUAAAAUAUCCCUGAACAUGAGAGGCGCGAAAGAAGACGACAUAAUUCAAACAGACAAUUGUACUUUCACAUGGAAAGAUAUAAAUACACAAAACAAACGGUGCAGAGACAUUUUAGAAUUCAUCAUCUUCACAGACCGAGUGUAGUGGUAGUGUUCGAUACAUCACCUUCCUGAGACGUUGUAACGUAUGCUGCUGGUAACUAUUAAAACAAUGUAUUAAUCAAAUGUGAAUAAAAUACAAAUUAAUUUAUAAUGGUG